GUCAGUCGGUAGUUCCAAUACUUGAACAAUUGGACAACGCAAAUGGGCCGCUACGAUCUUAAAGCUCUGCAGGAAGAUUUGAAAAAUGAACUGAAAAAUGGAAUAACAAAAGAUUCCGUGGAUAGGGUCAAACACCUAAUGUCUCAAUACAAGAGUUACCCCAAAGACUGGGAGGGGAAGGAAUUCUGGAGUGAUGAAAAAUACACAAGGACUUUGUUGGACAAAGGGAAUGGACUGUACAACCUUAUGAUACUGUGUUGGAACAAAAACCAGAAAAGCCCCAUACAUAAUCACGCCAACUCUCACUGCUUUAUGAAGACACUGAAGGGUGAGGUAUAUGAGGAGAUGUAUAAACAUCCGGAUGUGACGUCAUGUGGAUGUAAAAUGGAGAAGAUAGCGGAUAACGUAUACAAAGUCAACGAUGUAGCCCAUAUCACUGACGCAGACGGUCUUCAUCGCGUUGGAAACAGAAGUCACGUGGAAGGCGCAGUGACCCUUCACCUUUAUUUUCAACCCUUUUCUACCUGCCGUAAAUACGAGGACAACACGGGCAGAUACACAGAGGUGGCUAUGAAGUUUGACCAGGAUUUUAGCGACCAGUUUAGCUUUAUAUAAACUAUGUUUGUGUUUUGCAAAUCGUGAUAUUAUUCUAUUGACAUUUCUUUUAAAUGACAUUAUUCAGAAAAUAAAACUGUGAUGAUAUUUCAUAAGAUUACAGCGAUCUUUUCGUAUGAGUGCAGGUAUAAUUUAUGUGACUUAUAAAUAUCUGAAAUUGUGUUUAUAUUUGCUUCUGAAUGGAAUUUGUUUUACGUAAAGCUGGAUAUCAUUACAGUAUACUGGGUUCAUAUUUUCUUGUUUAAUAUUAUUU